AGUUCUCGCUUGUUGAUCUCUUUACCGGUAGUCUACUUUGCUGUUUUGUUUCUAGAUUCCUUUGCGAUUGCUGUUGAGUGCAGGAAAAGUUUGUUUCUGGGACAAAACUAAUGCUCCAGAUUUUUGGUAGAGAUACAACAGUAUUUAUGUCAUCAUCUCUCUCUCUCUAAAAGCAACUUGCAACUGGCUCGUGUUUUGCCUUCAAGUUUUGCUGGUACAUCCUUCUGGGUAAACAUCUGCUCUUAUCCAGGGACACAAGGAUAAAAUAAUGGCAUGUGUGUAAUAGGCCGCUCUGUCGAUGAUUCCAUUGCUCAAGAUACCCACCGUCCCAGAGCCUUGUUUGCUGUUUACUCGGCUAAAUACUUUGUCAUCGGCAUGUCCCAAUUCCAAUCCCUGCUUCACCAGAUCUGUAACAGGAGGAGGAAUGGGAAAGGAAGCAGUCUUGGCCAAGCCCCAGACGAGUUUGUCGGCUUGGUCAUUGGAAAGGGUAGACAUCAUGUUGGAAGCACCCAACAAGUCGACAACUAUCUUUUCUCUUUUUCCAUAGCAGCUCAUCCAGGCCAUACACCAAAGAAUGGAUUUGUCUUGGGACCAUUCUAGGCCUCCUUCCAGCCCAAACGCAAAAUGAGGAGGUUUCUGGAACUUGGUCUCAUAGUUUUUAUAGGCUCCCAGGGCUCGGUUUUUGGCUCCCAGCUGCGUUUCUUCGUCACCCAUGGGCUGGGCUGCCACACCAGAUUCCACGUUGAAGGAUUCCACCUCCAAUUUUACGUUUGGUGGAUUGUUUUGGUCCUGGGAUGCUGUCUGGAUCACUUGGUUCAAGGCGUCCACUACGGAUUGUACUUUGCAUGGAUUGCCCGAACCCACAGCAAUACGCAGCACUAUCUCCUCGCCAGAGGCUUCUCCAGUAGUCGCGGCCAUGGUUAUUCCUCUUGUUUUAUCACUCAAAGUAGAGUUAUCCCCGUUGUAAUUGCAUUUAUUUGCAUCAGUGGUGUGGUCCUCUUGUCCUCUUUCAUCGGGAUGUUCCACCAUUGUCAUUGGGGAGGUCUGGAUUUGAUUUCGGAAGAUCCGAAAUUUAACCCUAGCCUUACUGCUGAAAUCUCAUCGCGACAGACCAACAAACCAAACACUCCAAAAGCCAACCAAACAACUAUUUAGGUUGCCGAUCUUGUUGUUGUCGGCAAUGAUAGAAGUUCCUAUCGUUUUUCCCUCUCAGGGCUCUGCGCCGCAGCGCUAUGUUGUGGACGACGCGAACAAGGUCGUUCAACGGCUGGAAGAAAGUAGCAAGAAAAAGCCAUCGGCAUCCGAAGCUUGGGUCGAUGGCAGCAGUUAUGGCCUCCUGUGUGGCUCCUCCAGCAUGUCACCGCUGACAUUUUCCAGCGGUGCUACGGCCAUUCUCACCACCUCUACCUUGAUGGAAGAUCCUGGAAUCUUGGUGGUCGCUCUGGCAGGCUCUGACAGCCAAAAGUCACCCGUAACGGUAGAAUUGGAUCUCCAGUCUGCCAUGAGCAAGGACUUUGGACACACCGUCAAAGUCCAGGCAUUUGUCCAAAUGCUUCGAAAUGGCAUGGAAUGCGUUCGCUUGGUCCUGGUGUCCAACAAUGCCGUGGUAGUGACGUUGCGAUUGCAUCCGGAAAGUUUGGAGACAGACUCCGAUUUGGAGGUGUUGAAGAUCAAGGAGAUUUCCAGCGAACAGGCUGCUGGAUCUACGCUCACCAGCACCAUGGUUGGAUUCGCUUCCCCUUUUGUCAUUGUGAUUGCUCUCAGUCCAUUGCUCAUGAGCAUUAAUCUGCAUACUCAAAAAUGCGAAGAGUGGAGAGAAAGUCAGUGCAAAGAAGACAUGAAAGCGAGGCAAUCCACCUACUCCAGCUUAAAGUCGACAGCCGCCAACAUGGUCUUUGGAAGGCCAGACGACGGUGUGGUCGAUAUGCGACCAACCUCGGCUCUCUGCAUUUCUUCUUCGGCAAAUAUGGAGGCUGACCCGACGUUUGUGUUCACGCUGCACUCGGACGGAACCAUUCGGAGGUGGACCGUCACGGACCAGUCCUUAUUUCCACUAGAAGUCUACCCAAUUUCCAUUAGAAGCUUGCCAGACAAUAAAAGCUGGUCGGAUGUGCAUAACGCUGUCUAUCUGUCAGCACGAUUGUACAAACAUAUUUACGUUCUGGCGGCUCACAUCCAGACCGACUCUCCCAACGACGAUCCUUCCAAUCCGUCGUCCAAUGAUCAUGUGGUUGUCGCCUCUGGCUAUCAAGACUGCCGUGAUAUGUCACCAGAGAUUUCCUCUCAAGUGCUGGAAGUACCCAGUAGAGCCACAGGGCUCAUUGGAAUGGACUUUGCUCCGGGAAAGAGAGCAGCGCUGCUGGCAAUGUUCCGAUCCUCCGCGGACGACAACCAUGCCGGAACGACCAUUGCCGUCCGAUAUCCUCCCAGUGUCGUUUCCAUCGUCGAAAACAAACCAUACGUAUAUCCCGUCGAAGAUUUUCUGGACGGUGUGGCGCAAAUGGAACGGGCCCGCAUGGAUGCUCUUGGUGCCGAUGAUGAAUUGGAGGGGACUUCCGCACUGUCAUUGGAAGACGAACUGCACGAAAUUGACGCCCGAUUCAUGAAACAUCUUUUCCGUCCAGCCCAUCCUCGGGGUAUUGGUUCCAUGACGGCGCCGGCAGAUCGGCAUAUCCGUACUGCCAUCAGCAAAGUUCUAUACGGGCGAAUGAGAUACAUUAGAACCGAGGGGAUGUCCAUUGAACUCGAGACGCUCCGGGCAAUGCAGGAUUGGUGCUCCACAGAGAACCGAAAACUAAUGGCGUUGACUCCCCGCAAAAAGUCACCCGGCAAAGAGGCUGCUACAGGCGAACCAGCGCCAAAAAUGUCUGCAACAUCUGUGUACGACAGCUACGUUGCUGCUUCGGAAGCUGGCGCGGGCGAUGAGAUGGAAACGGAAGAUUUGGACUCUGUGGUAGAUUCCACUGACGGGGAACGAAUUCGCCUCUUGGGAAUGCAUGCUAGUCGCUGGAGACGACUCUUGGCUGCGAUUUGGGAAGAAGAACAGUCUGUGCGUUUACCCCUGGGACUGUACCUUCUCCCAAGCUCGAUCGGGGAGCUGCCGGAUAGUGCAGUCAUAGUUCGAGCGGGUUUCACUUCCAUUGUCGUGGGCGAUUCUCCCGGCAACGCACCGCCCGGUGCGCUGACUGAGUUGGACGAAGCUGCGCUCAAACUGAUCAAGUUGAUCGAAUCUAACCCCGACACGCACCGUCAGAUCCUGUCUAUAGAGCGACGCAUUUGGCGCAACAUUGCUACGCCGCAAGCAGAUGACAUGGAACCAUCUGAUUUUGCAGAGGAAUUCUCGAGAGUCGUCGACAUUGCUUUUGACCUAUCACGAGGAGCCCUGUUUUCCGUUCAGGAGCAAAAGCGAUUGGGGCAAUCGCUCGAGGCAGCAUCUUUGGACAGCUUGUUGCAGGCGUUGCAGCAAGUAAAAGGAAAAGGCAUCAUGAACGAGAGCAGGGGCUCAGAUGAUUUUUGCAACCAUGCAACAGUUGGCUCCCAGUUUGCCAACAGUCAUUUGCGACAAGCUGUCAAUUCAUUCUCCGCGAGAUGUAUCGACUCGAGCCGCCGAUUGCUUCUGGCCCGUUACUUGCUCAUUUUGCAUCUGGUUCGGUCAAGCCAGUUAUCCACGGCGAGUUUCCAUCUGUACGUGAGAUCUUUAGCAGUUGGAUGGGUUGGAGCACAACGAGUGGCAACACCCUCGUCCACCAAGUCAACACCAAGCCUCUUCCGAAGAACACAGAGACCCAAGCUUCGCCAGGGAGCUACUACGAGUGCGAUGGAUGCCUUGCUGAGCUCGAUUCCUCGCCCAGCUUUGGUCUGGGAGUGUCCCACUCGUCUCGUCGUUUCCUUGAGUCAAGAGAUCCACGGCCGUUCCUUCAAACCCGUCUUGAUGCAAACACAAAAUCUCGGGGAAACCAACGGAAGUAUCCUUCCAGAGCUGUCGGCUUUGCCAGGUUCUUCCAACCAUGGCACGGUAACUGACUACCCGAACCUUGCUCUCAGGCUCAUGUCUCCCAUAGUGGCAUUAUCGUCGAGGAUGGAGACUCCAAACGUUGCAAACCUUAGAAAAGAGACCCUGGCUCAGUGCAUUCUAAUGCAUGUAGACUCAGAUCGGCAACGCAUGACGGCGGAGGAAAAGUCGGCAAUGCGCGUCAAGGCAUGUGAGCUGCUUGCCAUGACCUCCUCUGGUGCGGGCAGUCCCAGGCAGGUGAAGGCAGCUCUGGAGAUACUUCAGCAGUCUUCACAAUCCAUGUCAGAGCUACAAGAGCAAGAAAAGAUCUCUCUUGCCCAAGAGCUACAGCGUCUGGUUUAUGAUACUCGUGGAGAAAUCAGGAACGAAGUGAUACGCCUCGCAAACUUGGAUACUGUCAAAACCCUGUUCGUUUGCCUCGUACGGCACAUGGACGAGAGAAGUGAAGCUGCUGUGAAGCUUUUGUUGCCCAAGUUCAUGUUUCUGUCUUCACUAAUGAGACGGGUGGACAUUUUGCAAGACCAUGUCUCUCCGAACAAAGAAGCGAAUGUUUUGAUUCUUUCAUUCAUCAAAGGUGCCAUUGCGGAUUUACACGAUAUUUUCCCGCCAGAGUUCAGUGUGGGUAUGCCCGAAAACCAAAGCCUUUACAACAGGUUGUUUCACGUGGCUGUGUCAGCGGGCGAAUGGAGCCAAGCGUUUGAUGCUUGUGUAAACAACCCAGCUUCCAAUCGAAGGAUUGAAAGCUUUAAGACGCUAGUCAGCAGCAUGGCUGACGCAGGAGCUAUGGGGGAGAUGCUGGACAAAUUCUCCCUUUUGACAACCCCAACACCUCAAUCACAGCCUUUGGACCUGUACGACAUUGCUGUCGAUACUCUCGAAGAACAGUGCUCCCAAGACUUGUAUUCUGUUCGAGCGAACUCUCUUGACCCGUCCAUUGCGGCACCUGAUCAUGCAGGUGCUUUGUAUGCUCUUCACGUCUCCCGGGGUGAAUGGCGGAAAGCCGCCCAAGCACUUGACCUCCGAUUUACGAAUGCUUUGCGUUCUUUGGGGAGGCCAUCUGGUGAUCGAGGGCAGGCUUCGAACUUUGUUGUCGCACGGGAGAAAUUGAUUGUGGAAGAUGUAGUGUUGGCAUCGACAGCUGCCGCAAACGUGUUGAGUCUUGUCGAAGAAACUGCGGCACAAUUCCUAAUCUCGGGGGACAAGACGGGAAGCAACAGCCGAAUAGAUCAGUUCGUGACGUGUACAGAUUUGCUGUGUCGGGCCGUUUGGAGUUUGAUCUUUCGAAAGCUUGCCGAGGACAGAUCUACAGAUUUGUCUGAAUGGUGCUUGUCGCCAUCUGGCGUCGUGUCUCCGUUUGUCGACAGGGCCGCCAUUGACUUGAUAUCGGAGGGUGGGUAUUUCCUGUGUCACCUGUUGCUUGCUAUUGCCGUGAGCAAGACAAGCGCUUCGCCUUCUUUGCCCAAAGUCUUGUUCGAAGAGACACUGGACCAAUUGCUGGAUAGGGUCUUCCCUCAGUCUUCCGAGCACGUGCCAAAGAGCAGACCCUCUCUUUCUCAACUUCGCUACAUGCUGAGUAGCCUUUCGAUUUCGCCAGCUGGGACGCCGUUUGUGAGCACCAGUCGUAUCAUGAAACGUCCACAGCGAAUCCAAGCCGCUGGGACUGCCGCAAGUUCCGCCUUGUUACAGAAACUGACAUAUCUUCAAACCGACGCUGAUCAUCCGUACGGGCUGCAUGUUGCCCAACGCUUCCUCGACAAGGGCUGCCUUCCUCCAGACUGGCUGGAAGGCUUGUUGAUCAGCGGCACAGCUCUAUUUCCGGGGGAUCCGUCGGCCCUCCUAUCGCUCUAUCUUCGCAGGGGAAUGGUUCUAGAGGCAUGCUCGGUCGCCUGUGCCAUGCUCGAUUCGCAAAAAGAAAAGGCUGCCACGCAAGGCACAGGGCUUCCCGAGAAGGGGGAUAUUUACUUCCUCCCCCACAAGAAGAUCGACAUUCUCUGGAACCUCCUCGAAAUAGCACUGCGCAAAGAGGGAAUCGAUCCCAGCACAAAGAGCAAAGUCAUCCAAGGACAACAGACACUUUGCAAAGGGUUGGAAGAGCACUUUGAGAGGAUCCAAAGAAGCGAAUUGGGACUUCGCAGUAUGCGUACUUUGAAUUCGCCUGGCUUUUUCUAACCGAACUGUUUAGAGAGAGAAAAUGGUUUGAAUAGCAAUUCCAUGCUGGCCGUUGUUCCUAACCGGUGUAGUCAAUUACUUGCUAGUAAGCCAAACAAUCAAUACUUGU